GCGCUAUCCAACAAAUGAUUGCUCUUGCUAGAUAUCCUUAUGGUGCAAGGCAACAGCGAACAGUCAACCCUCAUUGCAUGUAACAGAAUUAAGUCUACCAGCAACCCAUUCCAAAUUAACAAUAUUUUUGAUUAUAUUCUUGGACACCAAAAUUGUAUUACUUAGCACAACCAUUAUUUAAAUUUAUUAUUUAAAUUGCCCGAUCAAUUAUUAAUAUGAGCGACCAUAAUCGUCUGGACGGACUGGAGGCAAUGGGCCAUAAAGCACACUCAGAAGGCAUAGGAUAUAGCGCGAUUUAUAGUUGGUAUGGCCAAACCAUGGACCGUCUCAAAAGUGAUGGCUCCAGUAUGUCUGAGGAUCUUCGAUCAUUGACAGCUAGAGUCGAGACAUGGAAACAUUUCUGGCCUGAUGAACCUUUCUUCGCAGGUCCAUCGUCAAAAACCACUUCAACACCAUCCUUUGAGUCCAAAGAUCAAAAUAAAAUCAGAAACCCUGUGAAAAAUUCAACUUCUUCUUCGUCAGAACAGCACUCACCGCAGGAAUCUCUCACUACACUGUCACCGACUGAAGAAUUAUCAAAACAGCCAAUACCAGAUCCAAGUCGAUCACCAAUUAAGCAACGACAAGGAUCUUAUGAUAAAAAUGAGCCAGGUUACAACAGUGAUCUUAGAAACCCUUGCGCAAACUGUAAUAUGGAGGGCCACAACUUGGGUUCCUGUGUAGCUCCUGUGGAUGAGUUUGGAUUCAUCUCAGGUUGUCCGCAAUGUAACACUAAGGAGCAUUUAUUUGACGAAUGCCCCCAACCAGUAAAGUGCCAAGAUGAGAGUUUUUGGGCUGAUCUCGUUACGACAAGAACAAAUUCUCCUCCAAUUCGUUGGUCUAAGGAUAUUCGUCAUCUAAACGGAUUCAGGCGAAGUAAAGUGCACCCAUGGACAUACGAUUUUUCCCUGAAGCAAGUUGGCAAAUUUGAGAUAUUAUAUGAUAAUGAUGGAAAAGCGAUGGGAUUGUAUCCAGACCCAGCAUGGAAUACACCAGAUGGAGUUCUCUCUCAAGCAUAUCCUCGCACGAUGGAUAUAAUCUUACCAGGGCUAUGGCGAUUUCACUCGAGAUUGAACCGAAAGUCGGCUGCCCUAGGCCACAAGUUUGAGGUAUUCCUAAAAUCGAUGAUCGAAACAGCAAGUGCUAACGAAUUGAUUACUUGUGAGAUUGUUCGUUUGGUAGAAGCUCUGGAAGAAAUUUCCGAGUUUGAGUCAAGAAAAACCAGAGGAGAGCAGUUGAGCACCCAAAUGAGAAUUGAUAUCACGACAAAAAAGGCCAAGGAGCUGGCAAUUGAAGCAAAGCUAAAUGCUUACCAUGUACCAGAAAAUUAUCGCCCAAGAAACCACGAUUCAUCUCCAGACAAUCAAAGGGCCCUUCCUUCAACUGAAAGAAAGGGAAAAGGCAAGGCAAUAGAUAGUCAAAGUCCCUCAUUUCCCUACAGGUUUACAGAAGAAGAGCAUGGCAUGCACCAGAACUACGAACAGAGACAUGAACCUGAUAAUCCCUCCAUCAAAAUUAAUGCGUCAAAUGCCCCAAGGGAAAUCACACGUCUGUUUGAGAAUUUUGUUGCUAGAAGAAAAUUCGGAAGCAAUCUCACUCCUGCCGUCGAAAAUUACGAACGGCGAGAUUUUUCAUCUCCAGCAAAAGGUCCAAAAUGUGCUCCCGCCGAUACAGAUACUCAGUCAAGUGUUCAAAUUGAACAAGGAGAAAGUCAACUGUCAAACUUUGCAGAAUUUAAGUACGAACAAUCUAAGGAACAAAAACAGUUGGAGAAGAAGAUUUCCAAUUUACGGAGGGACCUCAAAGAGAUCAAUGGCUUUGAGAAGAGAUUGGAGAUGUUGACGACCGAUCAGCUCAAUCAACUUAAGAUGAAAGAACUCAAGGAGAGGGAGUUAAGAGUGUUGCUAGAAAUCCGUAGUCGAUAUGCAAUAUACCCCGAAUCAACUGCUGACUCGGAUAUAAAUACGAGUGGAAGAGGCCAUUCUUUCGGAGUACCAGUAAGACAAGCACCUAGCCUGAAAUAUCCAGAAGAUCGUCAUAGCAGCAGUAGUGGAGGCAGUAGUAAAAGUGGUAGUAACAAAUAUUCAACAAGUGAAGAAUUUCCAUUGGGAGACUUCCAGGCCAAGAAGCUCAAGUCCAAAAAUAUUGGUCAGAAUCCAGCAAUUUCUACCUCAUUAGUAUUAAGACAUUUACAACGGUCUAUUUUCCCAAGCACUAGAAAGUCAUCCCUGAGCAAUGUUCAAACCGCACCAAGUGUUGGAGACCAAGAUCUAAACGAUAACAACAAUGUCACGAGCCCUGAGAAGUCACAAUCUUCUGUCGUUGUAAAGCAAGAUUCACGUACACCAUUCCACAGAAGACAAAAUGUCAAGAGUAUUCCAAAAGAGAAAUUGAACCGAUCGUUGAGAGAUGCACGAACGAUUGCCUCCGCUGCUAAAGCAAUUACAAUCAUUCCCAGGCCACAGUCGCAGACACCGUUGAAAUCCAUUACUGAAAGUCAAGAUACAUUCCCGACUUUGAAUGAAACAAAAAGUGAGAGUGUCUCAAAUAGGCAUUCAAGCCCAUCCACGAGUCACACACAAGUAGCUACAUCUGAUUCUGAAAAAAUAAAGAAACACACAGUAAUUUCCGAGUCUACGAAAUCACAACACUCGCAACUCUCUAAUGAGGUCAAGAAUCAAACAGGGCCUAUCUCCGAGCCCAUGGAAUCAAGGGACUUACCAAAUGCCGUUGAUGGUAGUCAAGAUAUGUCUUCAGCGUCGAAUGGAAAACGAACUGACCAUGUUGCAAACACAAAUCUGGGGCUAGCUUCAAGGGACGUUCAAAGGAUUUCCAAGAUUGACAAAAUUCAUCAAAAUGCUACCAAGUUGAAGGAAAAUCACCCUCAGCAAAGCCCUUCACCAUAUGUACCUCUUUUCAAACCAAAGCAGAUGUUAGCUUCAAAAGAUGAAUCGCCUUCAGAAUUGCCACAAGCAAAUGAUAAAGCACUCUCAUCGAUUUACAAGCCGGCACAUAGAGGAGAGAAGCAAUUGACACCAGGUAAUGAAAUUCAAUCAUCAUUACUACAAAAAGACAUUGAGAAUCACGGUGAUAAACCACCUUCACCUAUUUAUGUACCACCCCAGAUGAGAAACGCGCAACCUGCUUUGAAGUCCGAACCACCGCUUUCAUUGCCGCAACAUCCAAUACAGAAAACAGAGCCGCCGGAACAACCGUCGUCAACAAAUGCUUCAAUUUUGCACAACCAACAACUAUCAGUCACAGAGGUAGCACACCCCAAAAGAUCGAAUAGAAUGUCAUCGUCCACUUCACCAGAUCAAUCUCAUUUAGAAGAUGAUGAUGUUUCCAGCUCUACACCUCAAUGUACAACAAGCCCCAGAUCCUCGAUUUUACAGCAAAAGUCGCCUAGAACUAUGAGGCGGAGUAUGAGACAACGUACACCAUCAUCUGAUGCCCACUUAGCAAAACCAAAAAGCUCUUUCUUGACAUCACGUUUUAAAGAGGCUAUUUCUGAACCUAGCAAUUUAUGGUCGGAACUUCAAGAUCCCGAUUUCUUUGCUGAUUUUUUUGGUUAUGAAUGGCCCAAUGAUAAAUUAGAUUUCUCAGUUCCACUGCCAGAUCCAGACAUCUUCUUAUUGAGCGAUGAAGACUGCGAUGAUAAGAAACCAUUAAGGAAGUCUAUACCAAAGACAUUAGAUGUCACUGUCCACAAGCAGAGCAAUUACACGAUUAACAUGACGUCUGGUGAGACAUUAGAGAUUCAAGAAGUAGACAGAGCCGGGGCAGACGAAAAUGUAAACCAAAUAUGUUUUAUGUGCGACAAAGUAGGACAUGAUCUAAUUGAUUGUCCCUCAAGCUGGAGGCUUGAUACAUUAGUUCUUUCCAGCUCUUCUCGCUCGAAUUCACGAAAUGGUACCUGCUCAGAAAAUUGGAUACAAGCCAAAGCUACUAACUCUAAUCUCAACCCGGGCGCCAAUAAUUUUAGUCCGAUUUGGUCAAGAAACGAUUAUCCGGGUUAUCCAUCUCUUCCCGCCAAGAUUCCUCGUCCGAAAUCACCGUGUAUUGCAAAUGCAGACAACCAGAUGCAAGCUAAACCAAAGUCUGAUCUCGAUCCCCCCGAGGAUUUUUUCUUCCCGACUCAAUUGACAAAAGGUGACUAUGUAGCCGAGGAGUCACCCGCAAAUUGGAUCGAAACAGCGGAGAAGAUAGAAGGUUCUUACCCUGCAAAUUGGGAUCAAGAAAUAGAAAGGCGAAUUGAGUCUCGCUUUUGGGAAGUUCAGAAAGUCACGAGUAAGACGGGCUAUGAUGUCAGCCUUGGAAACCAUUCAGAUGAGGAAGGGUCAAAAGAGGAAGAAUCAGAAGACGAAGUUGAAAUAAACGUGAAACUUCCCUCGCAAACAAAGAGCUAUGACUGCAGUCCUUUGAGAGGAAAUAGGGUGAGAAAAGAAAGACCUCGGAUUGCCACGGCAGUAACCGCCAACCAAGCGGGACAUGAAGGUAAUAUGGCGGAGGAAGUAAGAAACAUACCAACAAGGAAAUCUCCAAAUAUCCCUCACCCAUUCCAACCGAGGAGAGUUAUGAAUGGUACCGGACUCUUUUAUCCAAUUCCUGGUGAUUGGUUCUGUUUAUCAGCGGAGUGUAGAGAACGCAAUGUUUCCGAGCAUUUCAUUUGCAAGAGAUGUUACAGUCAGCGUGGAACAAAAAGAGUAGAUGGUAGCGAUGAGAUUUUCCAUGCCGGAGAUUGGGUAUGUCCAUUCAGAGACUGUUCCAAACAUAAUUACGCCAAGCAUGUCGUCUGUAAAAAUUGUGGCAGUCGUUCUAGAGCGCCAAUAACACCCCCUGCUUUUUGGAAGUGUAGCUCAUUCAAUUGUGGCGAGGUAAAUGAUAACGGUGUAGUGAGUUGUCGGAAAUGUGGCACUCCUCGGAUUGUCUUUCAUAACCCGCCGCCUCAAGCAACAGCUAAUGCUUUUCAUGCUGGUGAUUGGUAUUGCGGUGCACCAGGAUGUGCAGCACACAAUUCUUCCAGAGAUAUCAGCUGUUGGAAAUGCGGCGGCACGAAUACCACGCUCGUCGCUCCUGGCCGAGUUGUUCAAACUACGGCUAGCAAUUUUCCUAUUCUAGGGUGGAAUUGUAAUAGAUUCGGUUGUCGUGUCUAUAACUGGUCCAAAACUUUCAACUGUUGGCAGUGUGGUAGUCCUCGUGCUGUCUUUACCGGGGGGGCCUAUUAAUUCUCCCAAACUGACCACGAUGCUCGACUCUCGAUUAUCAACUAAUUCAACCUCGAGCGCCAGACCCAAACCCCGGCGGUACAGCAAAACCAAACAAUACUGAGACCACGCCUGAUGCCUCACCUCAAUCCAAACACACCAUCCAGUUCCAAUUUUUCAGUUCCCAACAUCCUACACAAUUUUCCACAACAGCGAAAGGUAUUUGUAUUCACGCCUCCCGAUUCCGGGCUCCAGAUUCAGGAUAUUUGAAUAUAGCAAGAUACCUCUCUCCCGCCUCUUGAAUAUAGAGUAGGAAAUCAAAGAUAUAUUUCCUAUCCCUAUUUCAGGGAGCGCAGAGAGCCCAGCGUAGCGUUCACACAGCGUCAUUGUAGCAUAGAAUUAAUAUAGCCUAGCCUAGCAUUAAUACAGCCUAAUGCACACAACCGACAGAAAGAUGUGACAUGCGCGCUUGCGCUACACGUAUGUCACUUCCACUUCGGGAGUCAUAACGGCUAUUCAAUAUACGACUACAAGUACAUGCCCAGAAAAUAAAUUCAAGAUCUACUUAUUAGAUAAUCAAGUCAAGCAGGGCUUUAUAGACUCAAACCCCUAUUAGAUCAUUCUAAUCAAGUCUAUCACAUUACA